AUGGUGUCUUGCCGGUCGUUGGAUAUCAUUCGCGGGGUUCUGCCAUGCGCAAUUCCCGAGACUGAGAUCCGUGUCCACCCAUUGCCAGCCAGUAGCAGACAUCGAAAUGAAGAGGAUUGGCGCCCGCCCCUCGCCAGCACUCAGCCAGCUGAGACAAAGGAACCAUUCAUUGCGAAGCAUGACAUCAGUCGUUUCUCUGUGGCUGAAUUGGACGCUGUUAACGAACGAGGAGCUGCCAAGUAUGUACGGCGUUCUCCGGAUGUCCGUGUGUCUGGAAAAUUGGUCAAACCAAACGAGUGUCUUCUCUUGCUUCAGGCCCAAGCGUUUGUAUUAUCUAUUUGUCUAUUAGGUGCACAGACGCAGAUCAGCAAGAUUUGCUAUACAGACCUAAUAGAGAAAUUGAGGAAUACAGCAUUAUCGCUAGAUACCACAGACUGUACAGUCAAACUCGAUAAGAUACAAAUGUACAGUACACGUGUAUAUACUCGUGAAUGGGUAAUAAUGACUCGAAGAUACCUAGGUAGCAUCACAUCACAUGCCAACCGUCGGGCAACUUCUCUCACUACUUUCUCCAGAUUUAAUAUUUAUCACUUAGCAUGGGCCUCCAGGGUUAGUAAAGAUUAA